GACGCGCUCCUUUUACCCGGAAGUGAGUCGCCAAAGGUCAAAGGGUAUGGCAUAGUUUCGGAAGCGGUCCUGAAGCGUGCGGAGUAUAGAGGAAAAUGGAGAUAUGUGUGAAGAAAGAGGAGGAGGCGGAAGAAGAGGAAGAAGAAGAGGAAGAAGAAGAAGAAGAAAUGUUUUCCUACUCUCUGCACCCAAAUGCGAAAGUAGAGAUAAUACAACAAUCAGAAUUGUCCCUUGACAGUCCAUCAAUCAAAGCAGAAUUUGUGGAAGUGCCUAUCAAGUCAGAAUACACGGAGAUUGUUAUUAAAAAUGAAUGUAAUGAAUCUCCCAUUCCAACUGAGGACACGGAGUGGAACAAAGAACACCUUGAGGAUGAUUUGGCAGUUACGCUGGAGCAUACUGCAAGCACAGUAAAGCUUGAAAACUCCAUGAGCCAUGAGGCCUCAGGCAGGGACAGCAGUGAAGAAAAGGAAAUGCACACAGUAUCUAAGAAAAAGAAAGUGGCCGUGUAUAAAUGUGAAAUCUGUCAAAAGGAAAUUAAGAACCUUCCGAGCUUCCAGGAGCAUCAUCGGAUCCAUACUGGCGAGCGUCCAUACUUAUGCUCCGAAUGUGGGAAGCGCUUCAUUCGGUGUGCCGACCUCAUAAAGCAUCGUCUUGUUCAUUCAGAGAAGAGGCCAUACCCGUGCCCCACCUGCGGCAAGUGCUUCAAGCUACAAGGGGACGUUACAAAGCACUUGGCAGUGCACUCAGAGGCUGAACCUUUCACCUGCCACACUUGCAAUAAGACAUUCAAGCGGGCGGCCUGCCUGGUUAAACACGAACGGAUUCAUACUCAGGAAAACCCUUUCAAGUGCCCUACAUGUGGUCGGGGUUUCAAGUGGGAAGCCUCACUCACGGAGCAUUGUCGCACCCACACUGGUGAGCGGCCCUUUGUGUGUCCAUUGUCUGGAUGUGGGAAAAGCUUUGCACACCGUUCCACCUUCCAGCAGCACAAACGCACCCAUCAGAACCAGAAACAGUUCAAGUGUAAGCACUGUGGUCGUGGUUUCAAUCACCGUUCAAACCUGGUGAAACACGAAAGGAUUCACUUGGCUGUCUAGUACUUUCCAGUGAUGUCGCUGCGCUGUAUUCUUAAUCUCUCCUGUUGCUGUGGUUCAGCCAUGCAAACGGAGCUACUGCUAUGGAGCAGGAGUCUAUGUGACGCAGGCCAGAGAACAGCAGGUUUGCAAAGAAGAGGGCCAAACUUAUCAUAAAGUCGUUUCAUCCAGCAGAGGAGCCAGUCACAUUUCUAUCAUGAAACUUGAGAAAUGGACAUAAUCUGGUGAUUCAUUCGUUUUGAAUAAAGUUUAAAAUGAGCCAGUGAUUUUUUUUUUGCAUUACAUUUCACAAGGUGGAAUUGCUAUAUUGUGUAAAAGC